AAUGCUGGGCUUAAAAUUAUCUGACUAUAAUAAAUAACAGAAGCUUCGAUCAGAUUAGUACAACUUCAAUCAUGGCUAAUAAUAUCUUUUACAAAUCUUUUGUGUCCUGUUACAAUAAAGUGAUCGGACAGCAUGCAUUUAAUGUAGCUCGUCAGAGUUUGUUGAGCUCGUCAGUAAUUGCUACCCAGCCAUGCAGGAACAGAACCACACAAAAAAUCCACAAGGCUCGUAAGAAGGCUAGACUGACUCUGAAAGACGAGGAGCGGUUGAGGAAGGCCGAGGAGUACAAGAAUGAUCGACGUAAAUACAUCUUGGAUACCUUGAGAAAUGCAGGAAUCAGACCUGGACAACAAUAUCAGGAGAGACCAAUUACAAUUACCUGCACUGGCGAUUUCUUUGAGCCCUAUGUCCCACCAGAAGGAGAUGGCAGAGCCUCGUCACUAACCACAGAGGGUGCUAAGCAACGCCUUGAGCGGGUCAAAAAUGUUGGUGUCACGCAAAUGGCCCAGAGGAAAAUCCGGCAAUUUGAACCAGAGUUCACAACGACAGACUUUGCUUGGAAAGCCCAGCAGAUCUAUGUCGAUGCCCACAAUGCACUCCAAGACUUUGACAGACAUUUGCUGCAUUCACUUGUCACUGAAAAAUGCUAUCCUGAGAUCACAGCUGGUUUUCGUUACAAGACGAUAAGAUGGAAGAUGCUUGAAUCUAUAGAGAAACCUCGCGUUGUACACAUGAGAUGUACAGAUAUGAUAAACAAAGGAAACAUCUAUGGGCAGGUCACUGUGCGCUUUCAUACAAAACAGACACUAGCAAUCUACGAUCGCUUCGGUCGCAUCAUGGUCGGGAGUGAAGAGAUACCUAAAGAUGUUCUGGAGUAUGUGGUCUUUGAGAAGCACCUGCCGCAUCGAUACGGAACCUGGAGAAUGCAUGGGAAGAUCGUACCGGAAUGGGCCGACCACAGGGAACCCAUCAUCAGGACAAUGGUCUUACCCGAUGAGGAGGUGGAGGAAGCGGAGGAGGAUGGAGGAGAGGGGAUGGAGCAAGGAAGUAGCGAGAAAGAGCAGAUGAAAGAACAGAUGAACUGAUUAUCGAUGGAAGAAAAGGAAGAUCAAAGAACAGAUGAACUGAUUAACGGAGGAAGAAUUUGUUGUCAUGGUUAGAGGCAGUCUGAAUGGAAGAGGUAGGCUUGCCCCGAAGAUCUUCAACCUAGCUCUUUUAAUUGUUCGUACUGGUAAAGAUGUUUGAAAAGGCACUCAUCUUCAUG